GGCAGCUAGGCCGUAUGGGAUUUAAUAUAACAAGUUAUAUUAGUAUUAAUUUUUAUGUGUGAAUAAGGUUUAUUUGAGAGUAAAAAGUGUUUUUGAUGAUAAGACUGAGUGAGUUGUGGAUGUACAGAGAGGAGGAAGAGGUUGAUUACAGUGUAUUUAAGGAGGAGGAGGAGGAGUGUGAGGGAGUUAGUGACCUGCGGGAUUAGAUUAGAAAGAAGGAGGAGUAGGGAGGAGGAGGAAGAGGAGGAGCUGCAGAUGGAGGAAGAGGAGGCGUCCUGUCCGUCUGUGUCCAGAGGAGAGGAGCGGCCGCCAUGUUAACCAAGAAGCCCGGAACCUCGGUCCUCCCGACGGGCAAAGCGGUCGAGCAGGUUUACUCUCCAGGUCACAGUGGCUCUCAGACAACGUCGCCUGUCACACUGCCGCGACUUCGCAACAACAACCACCAUCCCCUGACGGGAGGCUCUAAAGCCGUCAUGUCGGACGCCGUCCAGCUGCAGUCUCAGUCGCAGGUCCAGAUCACCCAGCUGUACGAGGAGAACACCAACAAACGUCCUGUCCUGACCUCCCAGCCCAACGGCCUGGCUCCUCUCAGCUCCGCCCGGCCGGGUCUGCCGCUGCCGGACCGCCAGACCUCGACCUCAGAGCCCCCCCAUCACUGCCGGCAGAGCAGCGCCGCCUCCACCAAGUCGACGGACAGCAAGCCAAAGCCCACGCCGCUGACCCCGGAGCAGGCCAUGAAGCAGUUCAUGUCCAAGAUGUCAUCGUUCGAACACCAAGAGGUCUUCAGCUUCCCUGAAGUGUAUUUCGUUGGUCCGAAUGCUAAGAAGAGGUCAGGGGUCAUGGGAGGAGCCAACAACGGCGGCUACGACGAUGAUCAGGGAUCCUACAUCCACGUUCCACACGACCAAAUCUCCUACCGCUACGAAGUCCUGAAGGUCAUCGGCAAGGGCAGCUUCGGACAGGUGGUGAAGGCCUUCGACCACAAGUCUCAGACCCACGUGGCUCUGAAGAUGGUCCGCAACGAGAAGCGCUUCCACCGGCAGGCGGCAGAGGAGAUCCGCAUCCUGGAGCACCUGAGGAAGCAGGACAAGGACUCCAGCAUGAACGUCAUCCACAUGCUGGAGAACUUCACCUUCAGGAACCACAUCUGCAUGACCUUUGAGCUGCUCAGCAUGAACCUGUACGAGCUCAUCAAGAAGAACAAGUUCCAGGGCUUCAGCCUCCCGCUGGUCAGGAAGUUCGCCCACUCCAUCCUGCAGUGUCUCGACUCGCUGCACAAAAACCGCAUCAUCCACUGCGACCUCAAGCCUGAGAACAUUUUACUCAAGCAGCAGGGACGCAGCGGCAUCAAGGUCAUAGAUUUUGGUUCGAGCUGUUAUGAACAUCAGAGAGUUUACACCUACAUCCAGUCCAGGUUCUACCGAGCACCAGAGGUCAUUCUAGGUGCCAGGUACGGGAUGCCAAUCGACAUGUGGUCUCUUGGCUGCAUCCUGGCAGAGCUGCUGACCGGUUACCCACUGUUGCCGGGCGAAGACGAAGCCGACCAGCUGGCCUGCAUCAUCGAGCUUCUGGGCAUGCCAAGCCAGAAGCUCCUCGACGCCUCCAAGAGAGCCAAGAACUUUGUGUCAUCUAAAGGAUACCCCCGGUACUGCACCGUCACCACGCUGCCCGACGGCACCACCGUGCUGAACGGUGGCCGCUCACGGCGAGGGAAGGUACGCGGCCCACCAGGCAGCAAGGAAUGGAGCACGGCGCUGAAGGGCUGCGAUGACCCGCUGUUCCUGGACUUCCUCAAACAAUGUCUGGAGUGGGACCCUGCGCUCAGGAUGACACCCAGCCAGGCGCUGCGCCACCCGUGGCUGAGGAGACGACUCCCCAAGCCGCCGACAGGAACCACCACAGAGAAGACCUCCUCCUCUAAACGGGGCACCACCACCACUGACGGCGCCAUCACCUCCAUCUCCAAGUUCGCCACCACCUCCUCAACCACCACGUCCUCCUCCUCCAAAACCAGGACUAACUUGGCAGCGAUCACCGAUGCCAAUGGAAACAUCCAGCCUCGGACGGUGCUGCCCAAACUAGUCAGCUGAGAGUGAACGCACCCCGCUCGCUGCAGUGGGAGUUGCCGCUCGUGAGCAAACCAGCUGGAACUAAAAUAAAACUGGUUUUGUCCAGUUUUGAAAAGCGUUUGUUUUAUUUCACGCUGGUUUUCACAGCGUUGUUGGGAGUGCAUUCAGGACAAACGCAGUGAGCUUCGGGGUGUUAAGAUGUGCAACAAACAGCCGGGCUGCGAUGUUCGCUGCACUGAAGGAUACUUUAUAGAUAAACCUGGGUGCGUUCAGACUCAUUGUGAGCAGGAAGUGACCACACGUUUAGGAUGAUGGUGGGGCUGCUCAGACAAUCAUCACUCUGUAGCUCCAAACACUCAGACACAUCCACAAACAUGGUGCUGACGGAGGGAACAAGGCUUUUUUAUGUUUCUACCACAGAAUCUUUUUAGCUGAGCUGAUUAAUCGACACCAAAAACAACUUUGUAUGACGUUAGUCUUACAGGGUUAUAUCUGCGGACAGUCGUUGGGUCAGAUACAGUCAGAUAUGUCCUUGUAACACUAAAAAAAAACAAAAAAAACAAUUAGCUUUCUAAUCUGUGUUUCAUAUCACUAUGAAACAAUCCUGUCUUAUGUUUUAGUUUUGGGAUCAUUGGGGAGCAUUUUGUUGUUACUUUGACUUAAAUUAUCACACGAUUAAUCAGAAAACCUAAUCCUAGCGACCCUGACUGAAGCAUCUACCUGUUAGCUUUGUGCCUGUCAGCUGGCUAACUGUUAACUGGCUAAUAACCACUGGUUAGUUGUGUUUAGGUGUCACUUUGCUACCUUUUAACCGGCUAGCAGUUAGCCUAGCAAACUUUAAAUCAGUCAGCUCACUACAGCUGGCUCACUAUUUGCCUUUUUUUGGCAGUCUGGUGGCUAGCGUUAGCCUUUUCUUAGCCAUAGCCUGUUAGCUCUCCACUGCCCAGCCUUACGAAGCACAGACUUAGACUUUAUAAGUGUUUAUAGUUGUCUGAAGGUUCGUAGAGAAGAGGAGGGAGUCAAAACAAGUAUGUUUGGGUAAAGUCACACCAUUUUGUUCCCUAUUAUUUAACCAUAUCUGAUUAUUCAGGAUGCAAAAUGGCCGAGGGCGCGAAGAGAAAAGAAGAAGGUAGAGUGAAGGCAGUUUAACAGACAAGUCUUAAAAUUAAAGGGCUCUAAUAUUUAAAAAAAAUGUUGGCAAGCAAAGUCUGAAAAAUGAACAGUAUGAACUGAAACAGCAGGUUAGCAUUUAAUUAGCCAAACUAAGUUCUGAUCCAAUUAAAUAUUAAUAUAUUUGACAAGUCAUGAAUGCAAAAAAAAAAUGUAACACUGUGGUAGUUGUCUGUGUACUUGACACACUACAACCAUUUUAAAUUAUUGCUUUUAUGAAUUAAUGUUAACUGAAAGAAGAGUAAAUAACUAUCAAGGCUAAUUCAUGUUUUAGCAUGCUAAUAAAACCCCAGGCUUUGGGGAAACACUUAGACACACAAAAAUCACAUGUCACAGCAGAGAGCAGCGUUUGUUUAGCUGUAAAAUGUGGAGGAAGAGGCGACCCAGCGUGCAGAGCUGAAAGUCACAGUGGCUCCAUUUCACAGCUUUAAAUCACAGAUGAAAUCAGUCUACAUGGAGCCUCUGUGUCUGAAUAAUAAAGAUUUUUUAUGACCGUCAGUAAACUUUAUGGAACAUGAGCUCAGUGUCACAUACAGCCUGAGGGCACCUAACAUAAAGGACAACAAGACGAGGUGUGCUGUUUGUAUCCGGAUACAUCAGCCUGGGUUAAACUGCAGCGUUUUGUCUCGCAUGUCAAACAGAGAGCCAAGAUUUAAAUUCCUACACCGGUUGAACGCCUCCUGAAGACGUGGCUUAAACUGAAGGUGAAGACUCAGACAAGGAAGUGUAAUUUUAUUUGGAAGAAAAACCUCCUGAGCAGCAUAUUUACAGUCUGCUGUCUCUGAGAGGAAGAAUCAGUCGCGUGACGGUGCUCCGGCUUUAAUUCAGGGUUUCUUCUCAAGUAAUAAACAAUUUAGACACUAAACAUAUCCACUAAAACACGUAAUCAUUAAAACGGGUCCAGUCACAUCGGUAUGUGUCGCAGUCAGUUGUGAUACAUGUGUGCUUAAAUGUUUCAACGGACAUUAGCAAAAGAAAAUGCAAAUUAAUGUGCGUCUCCAUCCACUACCUUUAUGCUAAUAUUACAGCUAAUAAUAUUACGCUAAUGACAGUGGAUGCCACUGUUUCUGCAGUCAGGUGUCAUUAAACUGGUGAAAAGAGAUGACACAAAUUAAAGCGGUCCAAUACAGUGACAAACGAAUGUAAACAAUGUGGAAAACACAAAUGUUUACGAUGCAUGAAAAUCAGUUCCAGUAGCAUGACAUAUGAUAAAUGUGACAUUAUUGUCAUGUCCUACUCCUGCAGGUGCUGUCGCCUGCAUCUUGCUCAAUGCAUGCUGGGAACUGGUUAAUCCAGUGUACCCAGUUUCACCACUCGCUCCUGAAACAGCCUGUAAUCUCAUCAUCACAUGACGGUAUCACUCUGGUGCCACUUCCUGGUGAUGACUGGGCCCUGAUGUUAUCAGAAAACCUUGAUUCACGCAACAGAUACUGGCAUUACAAAUACACAAUGUGUGCGCAACAGAGUUACAGGGGAAAGAUGGAAAGAAAUAGAUUAAAUGAAAUAAAACAAAUUUAAAAAAAACAAACAACCUAGUUACAGUAAUGUGUAGACAGCGAGCCCUUUAAACAUUUAUUCAGUAGUGGUAAUAAUGACAGAUAUCAGCAACCACUUUGUGACCAGUUAGAAUUACUGGCCAACACAUCCAUAAUGUAAAAUUAAGAUAUCUAUAACUUAAUUACAAGUCGUCAGCUUUAACCGUUGAUUUCUAUUAAAACUCAGUUACAGAUAUCUCAGGUUCAGUUUUGAUGUUAUAAUUCCAGAUCGACAUAUCCAUAAUGUGACUUUGACUAGCUGCAAAUCUAGUUAAGGAUAUUAACAGGUCAUUUAUUACGAGUGGAAAUAUUUAUCAGGAUAUUUGUAACUUGAUUACAAUUUGUCAACUUUUACCAUUGACAUCUGUAACCGAUCCCAAAUCCAAAAUCAUCAUAUCGAUAAUGUAAUUUAAAUUGUUGCCAUUAUGAUGAAGAAUAUCAACAGUUUAUUUCUCGCUGUAGGAAACGUUCAUGGUGAAUAUCUGCAACUUCAUUACCACCAGUCAACUUUCACCAUUGACUUCUAUUCAGAAUCAGUUGCAGAUAUCUGUAAUUAAAUUUUGACACGUCGUAAUUCCAAAUCAACAUAUCCAAAAUGUAAUUUUGAAUAGUUGCAAUUCUGACUAGUGAAAAUGUUCUUUGUUGAUAUCAGUAACUUAAAUACAACUAGUCAACUUUUACCAUUGACUUCUUUUCAAACUCAAUUACAGAUGUAAUUCCAAAUCGACAUAUCCAUAAUGUAAAUUUGACUAGCUGUAAUUGUUGUUAAGGAUAUAAACAACUACUUUCACACUAGAGGAAAUGGUUAUUGUAGAUGUCUGUAACCAGUCAACUUUUACCAUUGACUACUAUCUCUUCUGAACUCAAUUACAGAUAGCUGUGAGUCAAUUUUGACGUGUUAUAAAUCUAAAUCUACAUAUCCAUGAUGUAGUUUUGAAUUGAAUUUUAUAUAUCGAGAAUUCCAUUUGUAAUAUCUGUAUUUUAAGCUCAGUGGUAGAAGUCAACAGUUGCCAUAACAACCACUAAAAAAAAUAAUUGUUUAUAUCAAGAAUUAACUAAAAUUGAGUUGAAGAUAUCAAUCUGAAUUGCAAGUAGUCAAAAUUACAUUAUGGAUAUGUCAACUUUGAAUUAUAACUAGUCAACAUUGAAUUACAGAUAUCUGGAACUGAGAUAGAAUACUGUGAUAGAACUGUGAUAGAAGUCAUUUCUACUAGUAACAGUUGAAUUGUAGACAUCUUUAAUUAAAAUUGCUCAAAAUAAAAUUAUUGAUAUGCUGGCUUGGAACUGUAAAUAGUAAGAAUAAAUAGAAUCGUAACUUUUUCCACAAGUGGAAAUUAAAUUGUUUUUAUCAGUGAAAAAGGAUCUAAACUAAUCUUAAACAAAAUUAACGAUAUCUUUAAACUAGUUUUGACAAGUUGAAAUGUAAAAAUAUAUUUGUAAUGUGUUACAUUUGAUUGACAGAUAUCUUAGAUUAACACGACAAAAAUCAUUUUCACUUUUCAGCCCGACUGAUUAAAUGUUAAAAAGGUUUGCUGCCGUAGACGAGCGUUAACUCUGAUCAGUCGUAUUGACUGGUAAAAUAUUGAUCAGAGGUCAAACUGAUUUAUCAAUGUGAUCUCAUGGGGAGGGGGAGGGGGGGUUAUUUAUUUACUACAAUUUAAUUAAUAUUUAUUAAUCCAAUCUUCAUAUUUACUAUGAUGUGGAGUUCAUACCGUAUACUUGAAUGUGUGUGUGUGUGUGUGUGUCUGUGUCUGUGUGUUGUAUGUAGCAGUGUGUGUGUGCGUGUGUCGACGUUACGAGAGGUUGUCUUAAAGCUUGUUCCCUCACACACAAAAACACACACACACACACAUAUAUAUAUAUAUAGAUAUAUAUAAAUAUCAAUGUAAACACAACUGUACCUGAACGCACCCACAGAAAGUCGAGUCAUAUGGGGACGAGGAUGAAGAGGAGGAGGCGGAGGGGGAGGAUGUGCCAUCGGCUUGGCAACCGUGAUGCACUGUAGCACAUGGGACGACAAUGAGGUGAUGCACAGAAGGACCUGAUGAUGUAAAACACACAGACACUACCUGCUCCGCCCAUCUCAGGGGGGCGGUCCUCUCUGAUGUUUAUUUGUUUGUUUUCUAAAGAUUUGAUUGGUUGGUUGGUUGAUUGUGUUUUUUAAUUUUUUAAAUUUUUUUAGAGAGUGCUGAGAGUCGUAACUUUGUGCCUUCAGUAUCUCAUCGCCAUGACCACGCCCACCCAGCACGCGCGUGCGCGCACACACACACACACACACACACACACACACAUUUACAGUGGCGAUGUCAUGGCAACAAUAUAUUUAACAAAAAAAUGAUUUAGUAUCUUUUUGGUGCGACUCACGAUGAUGUCAUGACGACUCAUGUCAAAGUGAGUUUCGGCGGCCAAAGUCUGCGUGCUGAUUGGCUCCUGGUUUGUUUCAGCAAAGCCCAAAGACACCAUGUGAACCCCCCGUGACCUCUGACCUCUCCCACACCCUCAAGAAAAGUGUGACCAUGCAGUGAUAAGAGAACAGCUGUAAAGGCGUAAGAAAGAGUUAAUCAGGUUCAUUAGUUAAACAGUAACGAAGAUGCUACAGAAGUAUGAGGAGAAUAUUCAACUUUGAUUGGCUGAAGGUUGUUUGAAGGUGGCAUCCUGAAUCUGGACUUUAAAAAAAAGAUGAAACAUUUGAAGAAUUGAGUUACAGAGAAAUGGUAACCCUAAUCCGCAGGUUGGUUGUGCCAACACUUUGUGUCUUUUGAUAUUAUAUGAAUUAAAGUGGCCAUGGUGUAAACUUUCAGUUCACAAUCAUCAAAUAGAAACUAGUGGAACAAUGUUUUAAUGCUCUCUGUCGCACCUUUUAUCAACAGGAGGCUGGAUACUUGAUUAUCCCAGUUGUCUUGAAUGCAGCGUGAAUAGCAGCUGGUAAAGGGAGUGUUGUAUGGAAGCCCAUUACUGCCAGGAAAAGACAAAAAUUAGUGAUGUUAGGAAGGAUAAAAAAUAAACACUCAAUUUAAAUCAAAAUCAUGACAUGAUUUAACAAGGUUUGUUUGUCAUUUUACAACACAACGUCAACAUGACGUCAGAAAGACGUUGGACUCUUAAGUCAGACAGACAUUAAAUUUUGGUCGGUUGCUAUCAUAAUUUUCAGCCAGAAAUUAAAAAGUCACAACUAUCUCAUUUAUACUUAGAAAAUCAAAAUAUUGUCUCAGUAUCUCAUAAUUUUGACUGAUUAAUUUUUUAUCGUCACUCCUAACAGUUCGUUAUUAAUAUUUUUUGGUACAAAUGAGCUUCUGUAUUGUUUACAGAGCCAGCAGAGCAGGCCAACGCACCAACCAACGAUUGUAGCUUUAAACUGAUGAACACCGACAUCAAGUGUUUGUGUGUGUGUGUGUGUAUGUGUGUGUUGAGGUGAAGGGGGGGGGGGUAUAAAACAUGGCUGCACAAUGUACAGACACAUAUCAGCCAACUGUCGCCUCGGGGACAGACAGGCGACGACGCCUGCUGACGACAGGGCUAAGCUAACACUAGCCGAUCGCCCGCUAGCGUCCAGCCGCUAGCUGCUGCACUGACGUUUGUUUUCUCUACAGUGAAGCUAACACUAGCCUACUGCUAACUGACUGCUAGUAGCACAUAGCAAGUUUAUACCUGCUAGCUGUUAGCAUUAAUGUGGUUUUAAAGUUUUUUUUUUCAUGUUGGUACCUCAGACUGCUCAGUUAUCAUUGUUAUUAUUAUGAUUAUUACUGUUGUCAUUGUUGUGACUAACACCCAGGGCAUUUGGUUGAAUCUACCAAAGUGCAUUCCUUUACAAAGCUAGCUGAGAGCUAGCCGCUCAAACAAACAGACAGGUGGAAGGUAAGACAGGAAGCAAAAAGUACGUGAGUAUAGGGGCAACAAGAGGAGAAGCUGCUUUUCAGAUCAUAAGGCCCUGUCCACGUGAAUAUAGACAUGUUUGAAAAUGGAUAUUUUCUCCGUCUGUCCACAUGACUUUGUUUUUAGAAAAUAUCUCCGUCCACCCUAGAACACCAAACAACUCCAAAGUCUCAGAUAAAGGCUAUGUCAACAAUGCAUCAAAUACCAGAGAAGAAGAUCUGGAGCAUGUGUAGUGGUAGAUGAUAGAAUGUGGUCACCGAGCAUCAAGCCCCCAGGAACCACAGACCUUAUUUCAGACAUUUAAUCAAAAACCCAUUGAUUUGAAGACGAGGGCACCACGAGUGCUAACAUGCUAACAUGCUAACUCAUUUCUGGGUUUUAAGGACUCAUUUCUUAAGCACUCUCUAUAGUUACCCUACAAUAACAUGGGCAAACUGCGCUAGCAUCAACACAGACUGUUAUUCAAACCCGCUAAGAAGUGACAUUGUAGUGAAUGAAUAAAUAUUAAGCCAAACGCAGCAAUAAUCUAUUUAAUAAUCCAUCAUAUGUGAAGACGUGACUCAUCUCAUAAGAUACAAGAAAUAACCCCAACCCUCACUUUUAACUUAACCCUUCAGAGCUAGUUCCGUAGCUUCGAAGAAGGCUAGCUAUCUACCUAAGCCAGCUACAUGCUAGCUUAAGUGUUGAUGCUUGUGAGGUAUGCUAGUUUUGUUCAGUGACUACAUUCUAGCAUCUACCUUUUGACACCUAUUUUGGUCAACAUCUUUCUGAUACACGGCCCAAGAAGCUACAGCGAAACAAAACGUGUGAACAGACAACAUGGUGGAGUUGUCGUCAACAAUCUGAUAGUCUGCUAUUGUCGUUUGCAAAUAAAGGAGAGGAUGUUAUCAACGCUCUGUAUCCAGUUUUGCAAAGUCUUAGAAGGCAUUUUCAAAAAUCUCUGUUUUAGUGACUUUAAACUGUUUGUGUGGACGUAGAGGAAAAUAUCUGUUGUCAGGAGUAUUUGCAGACGUGUCGACGGGGCCUCAGGAUGAAAGGAGAACAUGUGAUAGUGUUUUGUUUUUUAAAAAGUUUAUAAUUAACAGGCUGCAUUCACACAGGAACAUGAAGUCUGGUUGAACUGACCUCUUGGUAGCAUUCAGAGAAAAAUAAUUUUUCUGCUCACGUGUGAAAGCACCUGUAGCCUAACUAGCCUGCUAGCUCGUUACCAUGCUAGCCAGGUAGCCUACUAGCUUGUUAGCCAUUUUCGCUUCUAUCGGGAGGUCUCCAUUAGCCGCUGUUAGCGUGAAGCUGCGCUGUAUUUCUGUGAUGUUUGCCAGCUGGGUUUUAUUGUGGAUUUUAUCUGUAAAUAAUGUGGAAAAAAUGUUUGAAUAAUGAAUUUUUUGGGGUUGAAUGCGCUGCUGUGCCACGCCGCGGCCAGUUUUACAACGUACUGUAUCUACUGUACAGAACACAGAAGUCGACACUUUUCUAGUGAGCCUUUGUUAAAUUUUAUUGUGGUGGAAAAAAUUAUUAUUAUUAUUAUUAUUAUUAUUAAUAAAACAAUUUUAUUGUUUA